AUGCGUCGGAGCAAUGCGACCGUCAUCCUGGGCAUCUCCUGCGUGCUCCUUCUUCUCUACAUUGCCGUGUCCAAAACUUCACCACCGCAGUUAAAUUUCGGUAAUUCCGUAGUCAACAAGGUGUGGGGCAACUUCAGCACGUGGCACGGAUGCCUCAAACAGAACAUUUCGAUCUACGAGGAUGAUCCGAAAGGAGUAAUACGCGCUGGAAUUGAGUACCCAGACGAUUGUUUCAUUUCAGUUGUGGUCCAACCUUUGGCGAGGAAUCAAACUGUGCGAGGUGCUCGAUGAGGUGAACGGACUUCAAAUCGGUGACUUUGCUAAUUCUGAUGAGACGAAGAGGCAUAUCGUCCCGAAAAUGGUAUUCACCCGCUCAAUGGGAACUAAUAAUACUCACGUUUCAGGAACUUCCAAGUGUGGUCAUCACUCUGGGAAUCGGGCACGACACAGCCGCAGAAACCAAGUUGAUCAAGGUACUGGCGAGGACGGAACUGUUUCGUUUAUUUGCGACCUUUUCAGAAACUGCCUCAAGGCUCCGAGUUUUAUGGAGCGGACCCGAUGCACGAAGUCAACGAGGACCUGUACACUAAGAUUCCAGGAAAGUAUUUCCCAUUUGCAGUCGGCUCGGAAGCUGGACUCGCGGAGGCCAGUGUACUCAUCAACAGUAAUCAAUUCACAUGUUAUUAUGAACGAAUCAAUCGUUUUCUCAGCAUCCUACACAACCCGAACGGUCGUAAACGUGGACAUUAUCUACUUCCUCAAAAAUAUGGUGAAAAGAACUGUGAGCGAGAAAAGCAGAACGCGCUGAAAUGAGAAAUAUUUACAGCACAUUGACGACAUCUGGAUAGACGGCGAGGGAGCGGAGUACGGAAUCUUCGAUCAUUUCCUCAGAGGAGGAAAGUUUGAUCAGAAUGGAAUCACUUUCUGCCAGUUCAACAUUGAGGUUACUUUCCAGACAGAACGCUUUUCAUGCAUAGAAAUUCGAUUAAGAUUCACGAGCCAGAUGAGCUUCAGAAGAAAUUGUUUCACGAUUUCCUUUUCGGCCUUGUGAAAGAUAAGCGAUACGCGAUCUUCAAGUUGUUUGCAAGAACGAAACCAUUUCGAGAACACAUAAGUUUCAGACCAGUCCAAGGGCGUCACAUGCGGCUUUAUAUGCUCAAUUUCGACAACGAAGAAUGCGUUAACAAGUAUAUUCUCUAG